AUGCUCAGUAACAAAACGACGGGAAGUGAAGUCAUCAUUUUCCCGAUAUAUGAAGACGAUGAGCAGGAGCGAUUUAGCGAUGCAACUAAAAAAGCUAUAGUAGCGCUUUGCUCAGCAGCAUGUUUUUUGACACCUAUGGCAGGUAUGGCUUUUUUGCCAGCCGUUAGUAUCAUUGCUGACGCAUUUCAUACCACUGGAUCUGUUAUCAACAUUUCGAAUGCCAUUUACAAUAUUGGCAUGGCUCUCUCGUCUGUAUGGGCCUCCUUUAGCGAUGUUUAUGGUCGCAGGCCGGCAUUUUUAAUAUGCAUUUCCUUUUAUGUUAUUUCAUCCUUAUUGGUAGCAUUUUCUCAAAAUUUGGCCAUGUUUUUUGUAUUCAGAGCUACAACAGCUUUCUUUGGGACCGCAUUUUUUUCGAUUGGAGCACAGAUGAUUGGUGAUAUAUAUUCACCUGCCAAGCGCGGCUCUGCUAUGGGAUAUAAUAUAGCUGGUAGUCAGAUAGGACCACCUUUGGGACCAACCAUAGGUGGCAUCAUAGUAACCUACACAAGUUGGAGAGUAAUAUUCUAUGUACUGACAGGUCUGGGAGCCAUUGUGCUUGUCAUUGCUUUCUUUUUCCUUCCAGAGACUCUGGAGGAAACCAAAUAUCAAAAGGCUUUGAGGGAGUACAAUAAUCAGGAGAAAGUGUUGGAAGAUCCCAAUCAAGCUAAGAAGUUUAUUUUUUUGCCUUUCAAUAUACUUGAUUCCGUUUAUUCCUUGAGAUACCCGACCUUAUUACUUGGGGGUAUCGCUUCUUCGGCUCUUAUGUACAACAUGUACUGCUUACUGACGCCUAUCCGUUACGUUGUUGAUCCCAGGUUCGGUCUGACACGUCCUAUCUAUGGGGGGUUGUUUUAUCUUGCACCUGGAUUUGGCUACUUUGUGGGUUCCCUAAUAGGCGGGCAUCUGUCGGAUUACCAAGUAAAGCGCAGCAUUUUGAAACGACAUGGUACCCGCAUCGCUGAAGACAGGCUGCGGAUAACCGUAAUACCAUUUUGCUUAUUCAGCCCUGUAAGUAUUUUAAUAUACGGAUGGUGCUUAUAUUUCGAAAAGGGUGGAUACGCAGUUCCUAUAAUCUUCAUGGUCGUCAAUGGCUUUUGUCAAACUGCGACAUUCCCCACAAUCACUAGCUAUUGUGUUGAUUCCAUGAAUUCCAGGAUAGGUGGUGCCGCAGUUGGAGGAAACUAUUUCAUUAGGUUUUUGGCUGCAGCCCUAGCUUCCGGAACUUGUCUUACAUCCAUCAACAACAUUGGGAUUGGGUGGACGUCGACCAUCUCAGCAUUCGUUCUGAUCUCGGGAGCUUGCUCCAUGUUAUGUCUUAUGUUUUUUGGUCAAAAAUUGAGAGGAGCCUAA